AUGCGUAACACUGAAGCUAACGGAAAUAAUCGCAGUAGUCGUGUAAGAGAUCGCCCAAAUCCUUAUGAAAAUUCCAUAGCAACGAAUCCUAUUCUUUUGAGUCCACCUGGAAGCAAUAUUAGCACUGCUGUGGGUAAUAAUAAUAAUAAUGACAAAGGUACACAAAACAAUGCAUCAACGACACAAAUCCCCUAUUGGACACAUUUACUACCAUAUCGAACAUCGACUGUACCACAGAAUUUAUCGGGUCGGUUAAGGAAGUCUGAAACACUUCCUAAUGAUUGGAUAAAUCAUGAUGCUAAUAAAUCAACGGACCACGAAAAAUAUUCUUUUUCUAAAUCUACAUCAUAUCAGCUGAAUACAUUAAAUCAAACCCAUAAUUCACAGUGUUUCAAUUAUUCUGAGGAAUGUAAACCCCGCUCCUAUGUUAAUCACCAAUAUAAUAACUAUACUAAUAAUAAUCAUUCUAGUGAUAGCGAUCAUAAAAAAGCUAAAUCACCACCACCUAGACCACCGAUACGAACAAGUUCACAUAAUGUAUCACGACAAACUCCCAUAUCUUUAUCACCGCAGUCAUCAGCAUCAAGAUCACCAUGUUGUCAUCAUCUUCACUGUCGAAAGCAUCUUUCACAAGGAUUACUCAAUUCGUCUACAAAAAGCAACAUAAACGGAAACAGUAACAACAAUGUUUUUGUUCAAGAUUCAACUAACAGUAGUAUCAAUGAAAGUCCGGUCUUGUGUCGUUACUCACAACUAUAUUCUUUGAAUACUCAAAAUAAAUGA